AUGAACUUGCCGAGUAGGCUGUUCUCGCGGCGGGAGAAAGAGGCGCGCGUGGAGCGACUUCUCGAGAUCCUCGGGCUGUCGCACGUCGCCAACACCAUCAUCGGCGACGAAAACAGAAGAGGCGUGUCCGGCGGCGAGCGGAAGCGCGUGGCGAUCGGCGCGCACAUCGUGCACGACCCCAAGAUCCUCUUUCUGGACGAGCCCACGUCGGGUCUCGACUCCACGAACGCGUGCCGCGUCGUCAACAUCCUGCACGAUAUCGCCGUGCAGUCGCACAGCAUCGUUGUCAUGGUGCUGCACCAGCCGUCGUUUCGUAUCCUCGAGCUCGUCGACCGCAUCAUGCUGCUCUCCGCGGGCAACGCCGUCUUCUUCGGGGCGCCGCGGCGCAUGCCCGCGUUCUUCGCCGAGUUCGGACGGCCCGUGCCGCAAUUCGCGAAUCCGACGGAGUACGCGCUCGAGCUGCUCGACAGGCUCCGCGCGACGCCCACGGGAUUGGAGGAGUUACACGCGUUCGCGCAGGAGUGGCUUCGCGGCAAGUGUCUUACUAUCGCAGAGGCUGCUAACGGGGAUGUCGCUUCUGACGGCGCGGAACGCGCGUGCGACGGCUCGAAGAAUGACGGAGCUUGCGAAAGCGGCGACACUCGCGAGAGCAGCGGGAGUAACGACAGCAGCUCCCCGCUGCUUCCAGCUGCCACAGCAGACACGGCGACGAGCCGCCUGGUGCCGCCGCGUUCCCCGCCAGCGGCAAUCCCGGAGGAAGGUUUGGUGGUUGAUAGCGACGCCGGUGGCGUUACUGACGGAUCAGCUGCUGAUGCUGAUCCGUCAACGUCGUCGGCGAAGGUCGUUUCCGCGCCGCCGUCCCGCUGGACGUCGGGUUUCCGGAAAGAGAGUAGGUACAGGCAGGAGGAGCAAUUAAAGAAGAAGCAACAGCAGUGCGUGGUAGAGAGCAAUUAUAAGGGCACGAGGCGGUACGCGAAUAGCUGGCCCCGCGAGCUGUGGAUCUUGCUCCGCCGCGCGGCGCUGAUUAUCACGCGCAACCCCGCGCUGUACGGCUUGCGCCUGGGGCUGCUCACUGUCGCGGGUCUUCUGCUCUCGUCGCUCUUCUGGCAACCGCCGCACACGCCCAAGGGCCUGUGGGAGCGGCUGGCAUACCUGUCUUUUAUUGUGGCUGUGCUGUUCUUCUGCUCCGCCGAUGCCACCCCCAUUUUCAUAGAGGACCGGCACAUAUUCAUCCGGGAGACGUCGCACAACACGUACCGCACGUCGACGUACGUGGUGGCGCACGCGCUCGUGUACAUGCCGCUGCAGAUCCUCAUGGCGCUCGUCAUCACGCUCGAGUCCUGGUGGUGUGUCGGGCUGUCGGGCGGCGCCAGCGGCUUCUUCUUCAUGGCGCUGCUCUGCUUCGGAUGCCUCUUCGCUGGCAACGCCAUCGCCACCUUCUGCAGCGCCUUCUUCAGCAGCAUCAUCCUGGCGUAUGCAGUGGUGAUCAGCUGCAUGGCGUACUUCACCAUCAUCAGCGGCUUCUACAUCCCGCGCACCGCCAUCCCGCCCUUCUGGAUCUGGCUGCACUACCUCUCGCCCAUCAAAUACGCCUACGAGGCCAUGGUCCUCAACGAGUUCGACAGGGAGGACACGGCAUGCUACUUCCGCCUGAACCAGAUGGAGAACGUGGCAGCGAUCCGCUCCUAUGUCAACGUGACACGCGCUGAGGCCGCUCUGGACGUGUUCCUGCCAGGCAUCCUCAUGCCAGGCGUGCGCAUUACAGAGGACAGCUGCCUGCUGUACGGCCAGCGCAUCUACAGCGAUCUGCUCGACAUCUCGCAGCUCACCAAGUGGCAGUGCCUUGCCGUGUUGUUCAGCAUGGCGCUCGCUGGUAUUGUGUCCAAUCAGGCAUCUGAAGCGUCUGCAUCUGAAGCGGCGUCUGCAUCUGAAGCGGCGUCUGCAUCUGUAGCGGCGUCUGCAUCUGUAGCGGCGUCUGCAUCUGUAGCGGCGUCUGCAUCUGUAGCGGCGUCUGCAUCUGUAGCGGCGUCUGCAUCUGUAGCGGCGUCUGCAUCUGUAGCCGUGGCUGUGAUGGGGUGCGUGCUGGGCAAGCAAGUCAACAAAGUCAACCGAGUCAAGACAGCCCCCAAAGGCAGCAAUUUCAAGACGGCGGGCAAGCAGCCACCUCAGGUGGACACGGGGCAACGGAAGAGCAACACACCAGUUUCAGUUGGAUCCACCCACUCUGCGUCAUCAGUCGCCUCUGUUGCUUCCACUGCCACCACGCCGCCGCAAGUGCAGAGGUGCCGCCGCUUCUCCCUGCAAGAGCUUGCACAGGCCACGGGCGGGUGGGCAGCACAGAGCUUGAUAGGCACGGGGCGCAGCGGGGACACGUACAGAGGGGUGCAGCCGAUGCCGCCCGGGGGAGAUGGGGGGAACGUGGCUGAUGGGGGCGUGGUGUGGGCUGUGAAACGUGCGAGAGUGGGGCGGGUUCGAGCAGAUGAUUUCCAUAAAGAGGUGAAGCAGAUUGGUUCAAAGCACCACGUGCAUCUGGUGCGGCUGGUGGGUUUCUGUGCGGAGGAGGACGCAGUGACACGGACGAGGGAGCAUGUUCUGGUCUAUGAGUUCAUGCCCAAUGGCAACCUCUCUCGCUGGAUAGGCCCAUGUGCGGCGGUGCAGCUGACUCUACAGCAGCGCAUGGACGUGCUGAUUGGCGUGACACAGGCGGUGCAGUACCUGUGUUGUGUUGCCCAUGCUCAACCAUUUCCCCACACACUCUCUCCCACUUGUCCACCCCUUCCCUUCCCCCUCCACGCCCAGCUGACUCUGCAGCAGCGAAUCGACGUGCUCAUCGGAAUAACACAGGCGGUGCAGUACCUACAUGCCUUCUCCCUCGAGCACGCUCACAUCCACCCUGCCAACGUGCUCCUUGACAAGACCAUGCGCGCCAAGCUCUCUGAUUUUGGCCUCAACCGAGACGCAUUCACCAGCACGGGCAAAGGCACACGGGACGACAGGACAAGGGAUGAUGGAACAAGGGAUGGCACCGAGAAUGGCGCCAGGGCUGGUGUGAGGGAUGGCAUGAGAGGAACUGGCGCAGGGGGUCAGGCGGGGAGGCAAGGCGCGGAGAGGAGAGACGUCCGGGGGGCUGCGAAGGUGGAGGAGAGAGGGCGUGGGGUUCAAGACAGGCGGGGUAGCAAUAAAGUCAGCAAUGCCGGUGCUAGUGGUACUGCUGGUGCUGGUGGUGAUGCUGGUGGUGCUGGUGAUGGUGUUGGUGUUGGUGUGUGCACUGCAGGAGGGGACGCAUCAGGGUACAUGGAUCCCGAGUUUCUUCACACGCACUGGCUGUCGCCUGCCGUUGACGUAUACAGCGUUGGCGUGCUCGCCCUCAUGCUGCUCACAGCACGCACUGCCACCGCCGCCGCGCAUCAACACGGGGACAGCGACAAAGGCAUUGACGGAACUGGGGACAGGCAUAUAGACAGACACGUGGAUGGGCAUGUGGAUGGACAGUCAGACAGACGCACGGGCCAACACACAGACGAAAGAGCCACUCUCAUACAGUGGGUCUCCUCCCUCCUCCCCGCUCAAAACCCUGCAACUUUUACAGACCCCUACCUCUUAUCCCCCUCCUCCUCCUCCCCACCUCCCAACCCCCGCUCGCUCAUCCGCCUAGCAACCCUCGCGCUCUCCUGCACGGUCCUCCCUUCAACCUCGCGCCCAUCCGUGAGCAAGCUUCUUUACGAGCUGACAGAGAUUCGAGACGAGCUGUUUGGAGCGGCGAGGAGUGAGGCGCUAGAGCGAGUGGACAGGGAGGUUGCAGAUAUGAAAGGGGGGGACUUUCUGGCCGAGAUGGCCCGAGCGGAGUCCCUGGCGUCGGGAGCGAGCGUGAGCGGAGGCGUGAGCGGGGUUGUGAGUGGAGGCACAGGGGUUUCGUGGGCCGUGACGAGUGUUAGUGGCGGGGCGGGGGUGAGCGGGGCGGUGAGUGGGGGGUGGAGUGGAGCGGUGAGUGGGGGGGUGAGUGGAGUGGUGAGUGGGGGGGUGAGUGGAGCGGUGAGUGGGGGGGUGAGUGGGGGGUUGAAUGGGGUGAGUCGGGGUGAGAGCGUGAGCGGAGGGGUGAGCGGAGGGGUGAGCGGAGGGGUGAGUGGAGGGGUGAGUGGAGGGGUGAGUGGAGGGGUGAGUGGAGGGGUGAGUGGAGGGGUGAGUGGAGGGGUGAGUGGAGGGGUGAGUGGAGGCACGAGGGCUUCGUGGGCUAUGACGAGUGUUAGUGGCGGGGCGGGGGUGAGUGGUGCGGUGAGUGGGGGGUGGAGUGGAGGGGUCAGCAGUGGUGUGAGUGGGGUCAGCAGCGGUGUGAGUGGGGUCAGCAGCGGUAUGAGUGGGGUCAGUGGCGGUGUGAGUGGGGUCAGCAGCGGUGUGAGUGGGGUCAGCAGCGGUGUGAGUGGGGUCAGUGGCGGUGUGAGUGGGGUCAGUGGCGGUGUGAGUGGGAUCAGAAGCGGUGUGAGUGGGGUCAGUGGCGGUGUGAGUCAAGGGGGGGGAGGUCGCUUGUGA